AUGAAGUUAGUAUUCAUCGAAAAUUUGUCUUCAACCUCACCCACACUUUGUUGGGUCUCAACCUUUUAUAAAAUCCUUAUUUCCUCCGACGAUUUUUCGCCUCUCUCCCCUCUCUCUCUCUUUUUUGUUCAUCUAUCUUCUCCGUCACCUUGCUCUCUCUCCUCUCCCGGAGAUUCUACUCAGGCGUUCUUCAGUGAAAAGAUGAAUCAUUGCAACCUUCAGCAGAACGCCUUCAUGUCUCGUGAGGAGAUGAUGGGAUUUGAUCGUAAGGAUCUUGUUGUUUGUCCUAAGCCUCGACGUGUUGGUUUACUCGCCAACAACGUGAUUCGCCCUCUCAGAUUACAUAUGAGUCAAGCUGCAGUUGAUUUGUGUGAUUCUAAAGCGGGUGCAGAGCUUUUGGACAUCAUUCGUAGAAAGGAGGAUAAUGGAACAAUAGGGCAGUUACUAUCAUCAUCGCCACCAUAUUUUCCCGGUUCACCACCAAGCAGAGCGGUGAACCCAUUAGCCCAAGAUGCUCGUUUUCGAGCUGAGAAACUCAAUCCAACCUCACCAAACUCUCCUUUCCUUCAGCCCAGUUCAGCAACUGGUUUUCCAUCUCCAUCUUCUUCAUCAUCAUCAUCAUCGUCGUCCCGUGGUUGUGUUAGGAUGAAAUUUGGGCUCAACUCGCCUGCAGUUAGAGUAGAAGGAUUCGAUUGCUUGAACCGUGACCGCCAGAACUCGAGCAUCCCUGCCAUGGCUUAGUAGACAAGAAAAGAACAAGUGUACAUAGAGAUUGCGAAAUCGUUCACCAAUGCCUAACAGAGGAGGAUUUGAUUACUACUGCUGCUACCACCAUUACUACUAGUACAACCAUUUUUGAAGUAAAUGAAUGUUUUUUCCUAAGAGAGAGAGAGAGAGAGGAGGAAGAAGGGAGGAAGAUGAAGAUUAGUUUCCGUCGCCGGUCACCGUUUUUUUUAACUGUUUCAUUCAGGUUAGUGUUUGUAUAUAAAUAUGCAGUAUUUAAAGAAGAGUCGAAUCAAUGUAUUCGUUUGGUGUUUUUCUGGGUCGGGCGGAUCUUUAUUAUUGUGAUAUAUAUAUAUAUAUAACUAAGGAGGGGAAGAUUAGAAGAAUCUGUAAAAUUUUCUCGGGAAAACAAGAGCACUUGUUUCUAUCUUCUCGUUGUAAUAUAGAUAAUCAAUUUGGAUUUAUCUUCUUAUUUACCAUUGUGUAUAGUAAUGUUUCUUUGUAUA